GAAAACAAAUUCCUUUUUUCUUUUAUUUUUUGGAGUCAGCCUUGAGCGUUGAGGCCUUGACGGCUUUGGUAGUUAACCACUAAAACGACAAUCCAGUUUGUCAAAUGCCACUGUUUAACCUUUAACGCCGUCGUUUUAUCGCAUCUGUGUAUUCAUUGCACCGAACAACGUGUGGUGGCUUUAUCGGAGAAAAGUGAAAUUACAGUGUAACACGGCGAGAUUAGCUGAUUAGGCGCAAAACCCCAAGUCUGCACCCAUUUACAAAACAAAAUCUCGUUUAAUUCGAAGUCCCCAGCGCAAGUUUUUGGUGCUUCCGAUUUUUUUCGCGCGAAGCAAAACCCAGAAGAAUUGCUUAAUUGAAUAAUGACAGAAGAUAGCAGCGUUAGGGUUUCUUCUUCCGAUGAAGCCAACGUCCCCAACGAUGCAUCACACGCAAGGCAGAGGAAGAAGAAGAGAAAGUGGGAUCAACCAGCUGAGUCGUUGGUAGCGGUUGGGAUGGCGGUCCCUGGAGUUAUUCCUUUAAGCACCACUGCAACCCUUGGUGGAGGGAUUUCAUAUCCGGGCAUAGCUCCAGUCUCUGGUGCAGUUUUAACAAAUCCAUUGGUGGCAUCAGUUCAGCAACAAACUACUAUUGGAGCAGUCCAAAAACCUAAUCAACAGAAGAUCCAAGAUGAAUUAAUAAUUGCUCGAGAAAUUGUCAUCAACGAUGCUGAGUCUUCUGUUCGGUACAAGUUGACAAAACGCCAGACACAAGAGGAGAUUCAGAGGUGCACCGGUGCUAUAGUUAUCACUAGGGGGAAGUAUAGGCAACCUAAUGCACCAGCAGAUGGAGAGAAGCCAUUGUAUCUUCACAUUUCUGCAGGAGCUCAUAUAAAAGAGACGGCAGAACGAAUUUUAGCUGUUGAUCGUGCUGCUGCAAUGAUUGAAGAAAUGCUAAGACAGGGGCCGAAUUCACAGUUGGUUUCUUCUGCCCCACCUUCCAUCCUAGCUAAUGGGCUGAAGGUGUUCAGUGAAAGUGUGUUUUUGGGCUUUGAUGCUGACCCAUCAUUGAAUAUUGCUGCACGAAUACGUGGACCAAAUGACCAGUAUAUAAAUCACAUUAUGAAUGAAACAGGAGCUACUGUUAUACUGAGAGGACAUGGUUCAGGAAGUGAUGAAUGCUCAAAUGGAGAAGAUGGACAGCAGCCCAUGCAUUUAUUUUUGUCGAGUAACAAUGCAAAAAGUCUUGAAGAUGCUAAGCUUCUGGCUGAAAACCUCUUGGAUACAAUCAGCGUAGAGUGUGGUGUUUCCAGGGUUUCAUCAUGUAAGGUUUAUAGUGCUGUUCCACAGCCACAGCAGGUAUAUAGUGCUGUUCCACCACCUCAGCAGGUAUAUAGUGCUGUUCCACCUCCCCAGCAGGUAUAUAGUGUUGUACCACCUCCCCAGCAGAACCCUACUGCCAUUUCAACCCCACUAGUUUACAGUGCUGUUCCACCCCCACAGCAGUUGUUAGCUGGAGUUCAGAGUUCCACAAUGGGGCUAGAGGCGACUACAGGCUUAACCACCAGUUCAAUAUCAUCAGCUGUGGGCUCCACACCAGUUACUCCAGCUUCCUUGGUUGGUGUUCCUGGUGUCGCCACUACUGCCCUCGCACCAGGUGCUACACCAUAUUCUGCAGGAUAUUUGAGCUCUGGUUCCCAAGCAAACUCAAUUGGUUAUACUCCCCCUUCAGUAUUAGGUGGCACUAGCUAUAUUGGAUACGGUGGAAUAUAUCCCCAAGCUACUCCUUUGCAGCAAGUGGCCCUUGUCCUGCGACACUCUCCUUCCAUUGCUUCAACGGUUGCUCCAACAACAUCAGCAUCAAAUGAAGAAUCUAAAUCUAAGUCGACCACAAGCUCUGAAGUUGAAAAGGAGAAACGGCCACCUCAGAGGCGGAAGUUUCAAGAAUUACCAGUUGGCUCAAAUGGCACACGGAAAUUCAAUCAGGGAUUAGAGCAUUUAAAACCUAAUGAACAAUCUGCUGAUAUGGCUGUGAGGAAAGUAUUGACUAUGCCAGCUCCUAAGAAGUUGAUCCAGCCAUCAUCCAAUGGAAUGCCUCCUCCUCCCCCAAGAAAAAUGCCCCCACCACCACCUCCACCUAAAUUUCAUGAUCCACCUGAAGUUAAAGUACAGGACAAAAGCGAGAGUUUUCCUAAGACAAAAUCUGAUGCAGUUCCUGAUACUUUGGUGAAGCUGAUGGAAUAUGGAGACGAGGAUGAUGAUCUAGACGAUUCUAGUGAGGAAUCACUUGCUAGCUCACCGCGCAAAGUUGGGGCUCAAAAGCCUUUCUGGGCUUUAUGAUAUGAUCCAUAAGUGUAUGCUGGAAAGCAUGAGAUGUAAAUAAGUAAAGGUUGGGAUGGAGCCAGUUCUUGUUAAUGCGAAUUGCUGGAUCGGCGAUUAUGGUUACUCUUCCAGGUGGAACAAGGUCGUAGUCCUGAGCAUAAUUUUUGGAGCGAAAAUAGGUUGUUGAGUAGCAUCACCUUAAAAGUUCUUAAAUUGCACAUACUCAUUUGCUUUGGAUACCAAUUGUUCCGUUGUAAUUUUUUGUUCUAAUUUGAGUAUACAUAAUACAUGUAUUUAGGAGUAGUUGGCUGCCAAUGUGAUGUAGCAAUGCUGUGUUACAAGGGCUUUUGUUUCACCCCUUUUUCAUAGUCUGCGCCCACUUAGCGACUGAACUUGAUAGAUGAACGAAACUUGUUUUGUUCCUGAUAAAGAUACAUAGAACAAGCAAUUGCAAAAGCAAAACAUAUUUUGCUUCUCCACUUUUUA